CAGCAUUUGAAAGGAAGAAAGCAAUAGAAAUUAAUAUACUAAUUGAAUAAAUUAGUCGAUUAGCCACCCUAGCAAGAUUCGUAGAAACAAAAUCAGCUUUAAGAAUCUUAAGCCUUAGUUUCAAACAUCAAAGCACCAAAGAUUCUGUGGUUGGGAGAGUCCCUUCCCUCACUGGGUUUUGUAUCAGAAGAACAGACUAUGAAAGGAAAAGUUAUUUCAUUAGAAAAUGAGGUACCUGCAGGCCAUUUAUUAGCUGCCAGAUUCAGAGUUAGAACUUUUAAAAUACGUAAUUAUAGUGAAAAAUAUAAAUAGAGCAUUAGAAGAAAUAGAGAAAGAAGGGUUUAGUCAUAUAUUGAAAGGGUGCUUUGAAGAGAGUACUAACAAAUCAGCACAAUACACUUUGACUAACACAAAAGAUAAAAAUAUUAUACAUUUUUUAAAAGAAAACAUUUUGCAACUUUUAACUCGUUAUAAGUUCUAAGAAUGUCCAGGGAACAUGGGACUCUUUUUUUAGAGCAUUCAUCCUAGAAAGCCAAGGGUCAAAUGAAUAAACUUUGGUGACAGUCUUGUUCCAGAAAACUGCAGGGUCACAUCACUUUGCCCCUGAAUUGGUGAUGGCAGGUAACUGUUUAUGCCAGGGCUAGUAUUAAGAACACCCAAAUCUACAGCCCCCCUAGUAAGACAAAGGACAGCUGACAUCCACCAGCACCUGAGCCUCAGGGAUCUGGAAGGGAACAAUGCAGAGGAGGAGGCUGUUUAGGAGGAUAUCGCUGCUAACAGGCCAUGGUGUGGGCAGACCUCCAAAGCAAACAUUAACCCUGAGCAUGACACCAGCUCUUUGGCUGGCUCCAACAACUUUCACACUGUAGACAGGUGCUAAAACAAUAUGCAAAAUGCUCUAUUUUCCUCCUGGCCCAUGUCUGCAAGAGUGAAGCUGGAAGAAAGCGUAACUUCAGUAUCUCUUAUGCAACUGCCUCACUUAAGUCAUCUGAGGAAUUAUCAAAAAUUUAACUUUUAGGGACGCCUGGCCGGCUCAGUUGGAAGAGCCAGAAGAGAUCUCUUGAUCUCCAGGUUGGGUUCGAGCCCCACGUUGGGUGUGGAGAUUACUUAAAAUAAAUAAAACUUUUAAAAAAAAUUUAAUUUUCAGCCUAACUUAAUUUUGUUGGCAAAUGAGACUGUAACCUAAUGAAAAUGUCACAAACUACCUAGAAGAAUUCUAGAGUUUUGUGAAUUAGUAAAAACCUCUAAGAGCCACUAUAAGUUAUUAUUUCAACUUUUUUCUUUAAAGGCACUGGGACUUAUUAUUCAGAUAUCAUGUAAAAUAUAAGAAUUCAGAACACUGUGAUCAUGUAUGAAUGCUAAAAAUUAUUUGACAAAUGUUCAUAUUCCUCAAGAGGACAAAUCCGUAAGUUAUUCCUUUUUGCUACAGUACCAAAUUCAUUUCCAUCUGCUUUACUCACCCCUAAACAGUGCCUGGCACACAGUAGGAAUUCAGACAUUUGUUGAAAUAAUUUACCACUGACUUUAUCUGAGGGGGCAUGGCAAGUUGGGAGGAGAAACAAGGACUGUACUGAAUGCAAAUGUACAAAUAUGUAUGAACAAAGUGCUCCAUCCUCCCAUGAUCUGAAAGAGCCACAAAGACAUGAGUCGGGGACAAGGGAUUUGGACAUUUCCUUACUGAAGAUGGCAGGAAUCUGAGAACCUUCACUGGCCCCUGAGAUGCUACUCUGGUGCACUGAACCUUUUUAUACAGAAAGAAGGCAAAUCAGCUUCACUCUGCCCUCUUCGGGUAUGUAGGCACCUAUGGCCAAGGGAAAAGGCCAGCCAGAUAUUAAGCCAGUGGGAUGACAAAAGGAUCUUGCUUUCCAAACAGAAAACACCAUUUAUGGGCAGAACUUCCAACAGCGCCAUGUUGGGACAGAGCAUCCGGAGGUUCACAACCUCUGUGGUCCGUAGGAGCCACUAUGAGGAAGGCCCAGGGAAGAAUUUGCCAUUUUCAGUGGAAAACAAGUGGCGAUUACUACUUAUGAUGACUUUGUACUUUGGAUCUGGAUUUGCUGUACCUUUUUUAUAGUAAGACAUCAUCAGCUGCUUAAGAAAUAAGGAUGUUUUAAUUAAUCCAUCAAACAGAUGUGAAAAGGAACAUUUUAAGAGAUGCAGUCUCUUUGAAAAAUGGAUCAAACUCUUGUUUUCAACAUACUCAAUAUGUUUGUAAAUAAACUUAUGGCAUGGAAAAAAAAAAGAAAACACCAUUUGUGAAAGCAGUAAGUAACAUCCAAGAUCUUUAUAAAUCCUUCUAUUUUUCUGGAAGGAGUUAGCUCUGGGAGCCAGAGGAGAAAAGGGUAGGAAGAAGUGCUGUUCCUAUGGAAAUCUACUAGAAACCUACAGGAGGAAGUUAAGUUCACGCCUAAUUCCCUUUUAUCAGUCAGGUGAUCAUGGCAUUAAAAAAAAGGGAAAGUAUCACCUACAAUAAACAGUAGCUAUCUAUUGUAUGACUAAUGGAAAAAAUGUCCCAGAAACUUCAAGGAAUUGUCCCCCUACUCUAGACACUGUGAAACAGGAAAAGAAUAAUUACUUUAAAAUAACACUGGAGUGAAUUUAACAAAAGCAACACAGAGCAUGGCAUUUAAUUACCUUAACAAUUUGAAAAAAUAUUUUAAGAGUAAUACUGGUUCCCUGCUACUGUUGGUGAUAAGCUAGCAUUAGUCCUACCACAGUGAUCAAACAGCCUAUAACCUUACACACAAAAAAAGAUGUGCAAUUUUUGCUAUUUCUUACUGCAGUCAUGAGAUUGGCAUAGUGAUUUUCGGUUUGCAGGAAAGUGUUAAGCAGUGAUCUUGGGUCACUAUUUGGAGGAAAUACUAUUUCUGCAGUCUAAAAACCACCACCACCAUUGACAAGAAAAAUUCUUACAAGAAUUAGAGAAUCUGUUGAUGCCUAGGAGGCUAAGCCAGUUCAAGUUCAUUCUAUAUUAUCCCCAUGUGCCAUAACCACGAAGCUAACAUCGUGGAUGCUUGGGUGCGUGAAGGAAUAUCCCACAGGUCUGUAGAGCAACCCAGCCCAGAAGGGCACUGGAGGACAGGGAACCCCGUCCCUUCCUUGCUUGCGCCCUUUCACCUCAGUAUGUAAGCUCCCAAGAGGAGCAGGACAAAAGCCAGCCUAUGGACACCUGGUUUUCAUGCCUGCCAGAAGGAAGUUUGAGGUCAGGGCAAGACUGCUCACUCUAGAAGCUAUGUAUCACCCUCUCUGAGUACAGCUGUGUAAUUUCCAAUUAUCUGAGUUAAUAGGCCCUGGUAUUAUCAUACAAACCCCAGGCAGAGUGAAUGCUAAAAUCCUCUCUGGGUGACACCUGACCUCUCUGUCCACUGAUGUCAUUCCUAUCUCAUUACGCACUGUAAAAAAACAAAAACAAAAACACACACAGUGGACAAACAUUAUCUAGAAAGGUACUCUCAUGUCUUAUAUAGACUUUAUAUUAUUCCUCUCUGAUAUGUGAAAUCACCAUAUUGCAGAGAUAUAUAAAACAAAGAAAUCAUAAACAAUCAAACACCUUAUAUUUAAAAGGAAGAAAGUCGUGUCAGAUCAGCUCUGUCCACCCACAAGGGAGUUAAGUGUAAGCAGGGACCAGGAUUAGGAGCAAAAGACUCUCUCCCACUUGGCAGCUUCCAAACAUGUACUAGUGCCAUAUUCCAAGUCCAACUUUACAGACUUCCCCCUUUCCUCCUUAGCUUCAUCAUAUUAAACAAAGUGUUUAUGGAAUGAAAUUUUUCUACACUAGAAACAGUGAGAAGGCUGUCUUCCUUCACUUUUACUCUAAUGCCCACCCAUUCCUCCACUGGAGAAAACUUUGCCUGUUUCAUUUGGACCAGAACAAUUUCUCCCCAUCUGCAACAGAAAGGCGGCACCAAUCCUGACGAAUUUUUCCUCUAGUGAAGUCCCUUUGCAGCAACAGUCAUGGCAGCCCUGGGCAGGGGAGUGGGGGUGGCGGGGCAGCAGGGCGGGGAGGUGGGGGUC